ACUUGAACGCUCGCUGCCACCUCUUUCACUCCCUCCUGUUCCCUCAUUUCGUGCGUGUGAGCCUGCCGACUUAUUAAUUGGGACGUGUGCUGGGCGUCCCCUGGUUUAUCUUUGUCCCCUGUGGGGAAUGUGGAAAUGGCCGGUGACAACAGUCCCGGAGUCUCCUUGUGUUGGCGACGUUUCGAGCUCUUACUGCUAGCGGCAGCGGCCACCGGACUAUGCAGCGGGGUCUCUGGAAUCAAGAAUCCCAGCUGCCACGAAGUAAGGACGGCGUUUCAGAUGCGGCAGAUCGGUCCCAUCAAGCUGGUUCCUGAUGUUCCCACAACUGAGCAGCCUUUGAGUCCCUGCUUCGUUUUGCUGAGAAUCACACCGCUUCUCUCUUUGAGACUGUCUACAGAUCCAUGUCAAAGGAGGCAGCUGAGCCCGUGAAAGAACUUUUUACAGACCUCUCUCUCUACCUCUUGGGUGCUCAAAACAGAGUGGAAAAAGCAUUUUUCCGGUUCUUCGACAGCCUCUUCCCUUUGGUUUAUACCCGCUUGAUAAACCCUGGCAUGACAGACUUGUCAGAAGAAUAUAUGGAAUGUCUGCGACAAACACGACAAGACAUCAAUCCAUUUGGGCGCUAUUCCAAAGAAGCUGUUAUGGAGCUAGCAAAGUCUCUAAGGGCAAGCAGAACAUUCAACCAGGCCCUGGGAAUGGGCGUUGAAGUGCUGAAUGCCACUGAACAUGCUGUUUUGACCAAAGAAUGUAUCCGAGGCCUUGUGAAAAUGCAGUAUUGUCCUCACUGCCAAGGUCUGACUCUCAUCAGGCCCUGUGAAGGAUAUUGCCUAAAUGUGAUGAGAGGUUGUUUUGCCAGUGUAUCUGAGCUGGACAUUCAUUGGAGGGAAUAUAUCUAUACCCUGGAAUACCUCACCAAUGAAAUGGCUGUAACUCAUGAUCUAGAACUGGCACUGCUGGGUAUUCGGUACUCAAUCAAUGAGGCCAUUUUACAGGCACAACUUAAUGGACCCCAGCUAUCAGCGACUGUAGAUAAAGUAUGUGGACAUCCAGAAGAAAAAGAAGUGAAAUCUUUGCCAGACAGCAUAAUUCAAGCAAAGGAAAUAGAGAGACCACCUCAAACAAUGGCCCACUCAAUAACUAUUAACAAUAAAAGGAGGGAAUUUAUCAGUUAUAUGAAACGAUCCAGAACUUUUUAUGCGUCUUUGACAGAAAGGCUUUGUGAAGGUGAUCUUGUGAUGAAAGACAGCUCAACUUGCUGGAAUGGUCAAGAUGUGGUAGAAAGUUAUACAAGCAGAGUGGUUACAAAUGGAUUGAAAGCCCAAAUGAAUAAUCCAGAGCUGGUAGUCAGAGGGUUGGAUCCACAGAUAAGUCAUUUAAUUGACAAGUUGAAACAUUUUAAUCAGCUGGCAGCCCACACAAGUUUACAGUCCGAAAGUUGGAUUGACAGGGAAGGCAGCAGUGGGAAUGGAAUGAGCAAAGAGACAGAAUCCAGUGGAGACUGUGAUGAUGAAGAUGGAUGCCAAGGAUCAGGUGAUAAAAGCUACACAAAAGAUGUUUUUAGUGUGAAAUCAGGAGUCAGAAAUGAAACCAUACUAAUAAUGGAAAAGACGGACACCACAUCCACAACCACAAUAAAAACAUUUUCCAUUUAUAAAGGGGACAGAAAUCUGGGUACUCAAGCAUCAAGUUCUUGGUUCUUUACAAUUACCAGCCUUGCAGUUUGGUGGCAUUUUGUGUCAUAGCUGUAUUACACUGCAGUAACUAUGCAAUUUCUGUGCACCAUCAUAUAUACCUUCAGCCUUAUCCAAGUGAAAGCAAACUUAAAUUGGUUUAAAAAAUUCUAUGCUCUAAUAUUAUGUGGUAUGUUAAUUUAAGUCCUAAGUAUUAGUCUGGGACUGGCUACCAACAAGGGUCAAUUUGUACACAAUUUGUCUCCAAUGUCUGGAGGUUUCUUUGAUUUGUUUGUUUCUUUGUUUUGGUACCAUCUCAACUACUCAACAUGGAAAAAGGAUGAAGACAGAAGAUUUCAGUAGGUUAAGUUAUUGUGAUAGGUACAGUUAAGAAUGUCAUAAAGUUAUACAUUAAUAUGUUGGCAUUUUUUCUCUUUUACUUGUCAGAUAUUGGACUGUUGUCUUCUUGAACUUCUAUGUUCCUUUAAAUAAUUGAAUUUAAUUUACAUGCCAAUAAUUUAUAUCUAUAGGGAUCUAUGAGUAUUAUAAGCAAAAUUGUAGUUUGAUCAAAUUCUGGUCAAGGCAUCAUAGCAUGCUUGAAUUUCUUUGUUUCUUUUCAUUAGAUUGUAGAAAGCAUAUGGUGUCUUUAAUGUAUUAUUAUACAGUAGUUCUUUUAACAAUUCAGCAAUAAAUAGAACUACUUCCCAAUUUAUUUUAAAACACUACAGAAUAGUUUCCCUGCUCAUGUAUUUCUUUAUUACAUACCUACAAUACCUGUCAUGCAAAUACCUGGUGAAUUAAAAAGAGAAGAGACUCUUAGAUGGCCAUGGCAAAAAUGGUUAUUGACUUGAUGUUGUAUAGCUACAAUGAGGAACCAAUACCUGUGCUAUAAUAGCAGUAGACUUAUAUACCGCGUCAUAGGGCUUUCAGCCCUCUCUAAGCGGUUUACAGAGAGUCAGCA